AGAGAGCGAGAGAGAGAGGAAGAACGGAAGAAAGGAGGCACCGCAGACAGGCGGAGACGAGACGAGACGAGUCGAGUCGCAGAGUCGCAGCGUUGCGUUCCCGCGUGCGACGACACACGAAGCGAAGUAAACCCGCGUAACCGCGACAGUUCGAUUCAGUGAGCCCUUCGAUACACGCAGUGAGAGUGACGAAAAUGGUGUCCGGCGGCAUGGCUUGCGUGAAAUACCUGCUGUUUCUCUUCAACCUGAUAUUCGCGAUCACUGGUAUUGUCUUCAUUUCGGUGGGUGCGGUGAUUCUCGUUGUUUAUAAUGGGUACAAUAACUUUGUGGACAGUUGGUUCUUCGCAGCGCCAGUCUUAAUGAUAAUAGUCGGCGUCAUAGUCUUCCUCGUAUCAUUCUUUGGAUGCUGCGGCGCUGUAAAGGAGAACCAUUGCAUGAUAAUUACGUUUUCGGUCUUGCUGCUGCUGAUAUUUGCCCUGGAAUUGGGUGCUGGAAUUACGGGUUACAUGAUGAGAGGAGAAGUUGCUAAUAUGCUACAUAAUCGUCUGAACGGUACUUUACGACAAUACGAGAGUAAUGUAGACGUUCAGCGUUCAUGGGACAUCAUGCAACAUGAUUUACAAUGCUGCGGUAUGAAUGGCCCUGCGGAUUGGCCGAUGGUUGGUUUCCCAAGCAACACCGUUCCCGAUUCCUGCUGUAAGGAGCUCCCCACUCAGAGCAAAUGCGAUUUGAACUCGAUUCACAUUUAUGGCGAGGGAUGCAUGACGAAACUGCAAUCUGCCAUAGAAAAUAACGCCAUGAUUCUGGGAGGCGUCGGCAUAGGCAUAGCCCUUAUACAAUUGAUCGGAGUAAUCUUUGCGUGUUGUCUGGCUCGCUCAAUUCGCCGCGAGUAUGAGACUGUUGAAACCACAGCACACUGAUCUGCCAUCAAUUAGGAGGCAUUUUUCAUAAUAUUGUUCAUCAUACAUUGGUUGAUAAAUACUUGUAGAUUCAUUACGACGAUAUAAUCAUCCUUAUAUUGUGCUUACGAAUAUACGCUCAAAGAGGAAUGAUGUCACAAAUGUCUAGUGUGUGUACAGCGAUAACUUAAGUUAUAAUCAUGUUUUGGUAUGUAAUAUCAACGCGAUAUUACAUACCCCCCCGUGGAGAGAAAAUACAAAUUGGCAUUUCUCUCUCCACUCUCUUACUCACUUGCUUCUUACGGAAAAGGAAAGGGAAAUGAAGAACACGUACGCAUUGAAUAUUAAAACAUUUCCUAUUAAAUUUGAUGACCAAAUUACUGCCAAUAUCUGCCAAAAGUACACAUCACACGCUCACGAGAAGCAAAAAGGAAAAACGGAAAAGAGAAAAAAACUAGUCGAAAAUGUAUACGACCCCAGAGAUCACCAACGAAACGUUGAUUGCUUUACGGCACAUUAUGCAUUACGACUGUAAUGUGCCUGCUGAACGAUGUGCCAUGAUGUGUCUGACAGAUCUAUUUUUUCAUGUGAUACGUUUAUAUGUAAAGUUUGGUAAUCUUUUACUCAUUACGUGAUCCGCAUCGUUAUAGGAAGAUAGCGUUCGAGGUAGCCACAUCAUUCCUCUUGAUUUUGUUGUCAAACUUGAAAAAAAAAGAAAAUUAACAAAAAAAAGGAACGAAAGGAUUAUGACGAGCUAUUUCUGCAUAAUCUUCCUCAGAGUGCAGAAUGGACAAUUGUGCAGCGCGUUAAUUACAGAGAAAACCUGUGUUCUGAAUAAUCUAAUACUAUCGUAAAGUAUAGCUUACUGCGUAUAUCGCACUUGAGUACACGCAGUCCUGGCAUCUGUUCUUCAUGCCUCCUCAUCUCAACAGAAUACAGUCUCUAAUACUUAUAAUAUACACGGUGUCGUAGUGAUCUUGUAUUAAAUUUGUAAUGAUUUUCCAUGUUCUACGAACAAGAAAGGCGAAAAGACAGUGUACUCUUAUUCGUAAUCGACGGUGCCCCGUGAAAUAUGCAUAUACAUAUACGUGUAUAUAGUGUCAUGUAAUAUCAGAGAUGUACACAGAGAAAUUCUGUACAUUAUGUACCAAUGGUAUAACAAAAUUAGCGUAUCCUGACAUUCGAUUUAAAUGGAGUAUCGAAUGGAAGCUAGCUAGCUUUACUCUGUCAAUAAUUUAGCUUGUAAUGUCAGUGAACUCUGAUAUUGAUCCUCUUGUGCUUCACUGUAUCGUACGCUACUGACAGAUCUAUUGCCACGAAAAUAUUUGUGCAUGUUUAAAUGCUAAGUUUAUUCAGAUUUGGGACCAAGGCAAAAAGAACAAGAUUAUUUUUAUUGAGUAGCAAAGUUAUUUCUCUCGGGGAAGUAACGACGAUUGAGAACGAUUAUGUGAUAACGUCAGAACUAUGGAAAGAGUUUUCUUAAACUUUAUUCAUGGAAGUCUCUUUUCCGAUAUUGACUGAGCCUUCGAUAAUAUUGGAAAAGAAAUUAAAUGAAGAAACGAAGCUAUUGCUGUGUAAUGCACUACCAGUUCUUCAGUUGCUUCCAUUUAAAGAAGAGAAACAGCAUUUUCUUAAACGUGAUUUGGGAAAGUUACUAAUUGGAUGCCAUUGAACAAUAUGCG